GUCUGCUAUAAAUCACCAUCUCAAGUCUUUAGUCCGGUUGGAGAGCUGCUGGGACGCUGCUGGUGGCUUGUGAGCUCCUCGGUCAGGAAAAAUAGGGAUCUUUGUAUCAAGCCCUGGUGGCAGUAGUAAUAGUAAUAAUCCGCAAAUUCGACAACAGGGAUCAGCCAUGCCGUUCGGUAACACGCACAACCAGACGAAGAUGAACUACUCCUCCGAGCAGGAGUACCCGGACCUCAGCAAACACAACAAUCAUAUGGCCAAGGUUCUGACUCCUGCUAUGUAUGAGCGACUGAGGAGCAAACAAACACCCAGUGGAUUUACUCUCGAUGAUGUCAUUCAGACUGGGUUGAUAACCCAGGCCACCCCUUCAUUAUGACUGUGGGCUGUGUUGCUGGGGAUGAGGAGACAUACGAAGUCUUCAAAGACCUGUUGGACCCUGUGAUCGAGGACCGACAUGGAGGAUACAAACCCACAGACAAGCACAAGACUGACCUCAACUCAGGCAACCUGAAGGGUGGUGAUGAUCUCGAUCCCAACUACGUGCUCAGCUCCAGGGUCCGAACAGGCCGCAGCAUCCGCGGCUUCAGUCUGCCACCGCACUGCAGCAGAGGAGAGAGACGUGCUGUGGAAAAGCUUUCCAUUGAAGCUCUGGCCUCUCUGUCUGGAGAUCUGAAGGGGAAAUAUUAUGCCCUGAAGAACAUGACUGACGCAGAGCAGCAGCAGCUCAUUGAUGACCACUUCCUGUUUGACAAGCCAGUGUCUCCUCUGCUGCUGGCCUCAGGGAUGGCCCGCGACUGGCCCGAUGCCAGAGGCAUCUGGCACAAUGAUAACAAGACCUUCCUGGUGUGGGUGAAUGAAGAAGACCACUUGCGUGUGAUCUCGAUGCAGAAAGGAGGCAACAUGAAGGAAGUAUUUACCCGCUUCUGUACCGGGCUCACAAAGAUUGAGAGCCUGUUCAAGGAGAGGAGCCAUGAAUUCAUGUGGAAUGAGCACCUGGGUUACGUCCUCACCUGCCCGUCUAACCUGGGCACUGGCCUGCGUGCAGGUGUACAUGUGAAGCUGCCAAACUUGAGCAAAAAUACCAAGUUUGAGGAAGUUCUCAAGAAGCUGAGGCUCCAGAAACGUGGAACUGGUGGAGUGGACACUGCUGCUGUGGGUGGUGUCUUUGACAUUUCCAAUGCAGACAGGCUGGGCUUCUCUGAGGUGGAGCUGGUGCAGAUGGUGGUUGACGGAGUCAAGCUGCUGGUGGACAUGGAAAAGAGGCUAGAGAAAGGACAGUCCAUCGAUGACUUGAUGCCUGCCCAGAAGUAAAUCCCUCCCAAACUCCCAUUCUCCUCCAUUCCUCACCCACAGUCUACUCUGGUUGACUCCAUCCUUGAAUGCACUCUAUUACAGCUGGGAUUUGUAUUUAAGUUGAAACUGUUCCUGUAAGUUCUGACCUCAAAUAAACUGUUCUGUUCAAAGCAAA